AUGGACAGAGAAAAGAUAAGAAAAAUAAGUGUCAAGGCCAAAACCUUACGCAUUUCACGGUUUCUCAUCAAAAAUUCUUCUAGUUUUCUCCUAUUUGCAGAUGAUUGGAAAAAAAUAAGUAUUCAACGCUUCGCUUUUCGUUUCCUCCUUCGACGUUUACGCCCCCCUCCUACAUUAGUCCUCAUGUCACCUUCCAUUUCAACCUUUUCGUCAACGGAUAACCGUUGAUUCAUUUGUAUCACACGGACAGAGUUGUUGUCACAGCUAUUUAAAGUGGAAAUAGAGGACUGGGGAGUUGCCAUUGAGUUCAUAUGUGCUAAACGAGCCUCAGCUUUCCUAUGUUUUUUAGCAGUGCGUUGGCGACGUUUUCUAGCCUGAUGCAGGGUGGAGGCAUCACAUUGGGCAAUUAAUUCGGAGGAUGGCGGAGGUUCAUCAAUAAAAUGCGUUCCAGGACCUUUCGGAUCGAUACCCACUUGCGAGAGUAGAGUUUCGUACGAGGUAUCCUCUUCAAAGGAGUCAGAAACAUCGUUCCAUGGUGUUGCAGUACCAUUAAUAGGAUAAGAGGUAGUGGUAUAAGAAUUGUCUAAUGAGGAAGAUUGUGAAAGAACUAUAUCUGAGAAGAAGGUGAUUGCAUGUUCGAAGCCGGCUACGGUACCGACAAUAUUUACAACGUUGUUACGAGAGAUGAUUACUUGACGACCCAAUUCUAGAAAUUCGGGCUGACGGAGGAAGGCAACAACUAAUCUGUGCGAUGAACCUAACUGUAAUAUCACAGAAUCCGAGUUUCCUUUGAAGUAA